GCAGGCUGGUUGCUCGCGCGUUCCGUGUCGUGAUUUUCUUUCCCGUUUUCCCGAUUCUUUUACACUUCAUUUCGGUCCCGUCAUCAUCAUCGUCAGAUCGCGCAGAUUGUGCUGUGUGCAAUCCAGUAGGAAUAUUCGCGACGAAUGGGACUCGUGACAAAUUGGAUAUUGAAGGCGGAUAGUGACGAUAUCGAAACGGAUCAGUUUGGGGCGCUGGAAUCGCCCCAUUUUGAGGUCAGAAGUGCAGUCAGAGGGCAGUAAUAGAAGAAGAGGCAGAAACACGAGGAAAAUAACAAGAAGAAACCCAUUACGAAUCAGACAGUGUAGAGUAGAAAAUCAGUAGGCGCUCUAUCGCCAGACGUAAAAACUCCAUUUUUUCGCCGCUGUGUGUGUAGUUCUUCCUCUUUCAUGCGGUUCCAAGCCCACACAUACAAAUACGCGUAGUCCAUCCAGAGGAGUGCAGCCUGUUCCUGUUUGAAAGGCGCUUGUUUGUCCAAAAAAGAAAAGUAAAAAGAAACUACGUCGACGAGUACUACAGUCAGUACACAUAGCCUACUACGACGAUUACGGUGACGAUAAUCCAAGUAGGCGAGGACGGCGACAGGCGGCCGUGGAGCCAGUGGCAAAGGCAGUAAAAGUCGAUCAUUACCCGUUCGCGGAGAGUAAAAGAGAAGAGCACAGUGCUCCUGAAGUGAACUGGAGCAGCAGGGAAAAGUGUCUUCCAAGUUCCAACAUUUUAAUUGAGCACAAUUGGCCACCAGUUCCCGAGGUUGUAUGUGAGGAGAAAUUGAUAAUUUGCAUUCGGCGACGGCUGCUGGCAAUUAUUAUUGGCUGAUCGAACGAGCUGCUGGUCGAAGAAUCGAACGCACGUACAUAUACAAGCGAGUCGACGACGGCAAAGUCGAACAUUAGAUGAGGAGGCGGCGGUCGCGAACUCGCGAAGUGGCGGAGAAGGACGAAAGCGGAACAAAAUGAAGCCAUAACACCUACGUUUGCGUUUGCCAUCUGCUCGAGAAAAGGCGUCGAAAGGGCUCGUUCCGGCGGGAAAGUGGCCAGUUGCUCCAGCGCAAAGGCUAGUUCCGUUCCGAAGGAGUCCCGUGACGGGUCCAACCCAAGACGGACAGUGACGUAUCAAUCAAAAUAUUUACAUAACAUUGUGUGACGGGUUUGUGUAGUGCAUUGAAAGCAAGGCACGCAAGGGUUGCCUCGGCCAGUUCCGAUUAUUGUGUGUUUUGUGAACGGCUGGUAAAGUGUGUAUGUGUGAGAGCAUACGGAGUAGGAAAGUGCAUUUUGAAGCGAAUAAGAUACAGUGAAAAACUAAUAAGAAAAGUGCUUUUGGAAGCGAAGAUAAUCGACCACUGAAUGACAUACAAAUUUGUCGAGAUUUUUUUCAUAUCGUGAAGAGCUGGGAAUCCGCGAGUAGAUUGAUUGUGUAUUUGGUUGUCUUAGUGAGGGUAGAUAUGAGAUUUAUGCGAACACAAAUAAUUACAGUAGCUGAAAAAUUGCGUUGAACUGCUGCAGUAGUGCGAAAUUGUGAUUUCCGAUAGUCUCAUUUUGUCGGAUAGUGUAUCUGGUCGGCUCCAAAUGUGGAUGAGCGACAACCGAAUGAGUAAUUAUUUCCUUAGUUUUCGUUCGGUUUUCCCCUUUUAUUUGCAUAUUAGUUCCGGCCGCAUGUGUUUGCUACAAUGCGAAAGCUAAGCGUCAAUACGGGAGGUAUGUCAAGACAAGCGAAACAGGCACCUCAAGUGAAGAAGGUGAUGCCCCCGGCUGUUCCGGACGUUUACGGAAGAACGACAACGGGUGCUGGGGCAGUGGUUAACUCACAGACGACUGCUUACGCAACAUCGGCGGUUGCCGGUAACUCGGUGGACGAUAACGGAGGAUUUAUAAUACCGCAGGAAACACCCUCGACAUUGAUGCUGCGCUACGAUCAAACGGAUUAUGCCGAUGAUCAAGGAAUUGAUCUCACGCAAUCGCCCGGCCGUGACAGUCCAAUCAGUCUUUCCGGAUCGGCUGGUUCCGGUUCGAGACACUCGACGGCCAGUUUGGACUCGGGGCGAGCGUCUUCCUACCUAACGGGGGCAUCCACAUCUUCCAAUCGCAGUGCCGGUGGCUAUGGAACGCUCAAUUCGCCGCGCUGCUCAGUCAGUUCAUGCUCGAUUGGCAGCGGUAAUCGACUGAGCAAUCACUCGAAUCGUAGCGAUCACGACAUCAUUUCCGAAUGGCUUAUGGAGGUUCAUUUUCACGAGUAUACUUAUCUGUUUUUGGAAGCAGGAUACGAUCUCCCUACGAUCGCACGAAUGACUCCGGAAGAUCUAACAGCGAUCGGCAUCAAGCAGCCGACGCACAGAGAAAGACUGAAGCGACACAUUGAUGCGCUAAAACUACCUGACGCCUUGCCCAACUACGUCCCUGGUUCGAUCGAUGAAUGGCUACGAUUGCUGAGACUUGAAGAAUACGUUCAACCGCUAUUGGCGCAAGGCUAUGAAACGGUCAAUGAUGUCACGCAACUGACAUGGGAAGAUCUCGAAGAUAUAGGGAUCGUAAAACUAGGCCAUCAAAAGAAGAUUCUACUCGCCAUUAAGCGUGUGAAAGAUAUCAUCAGUGGAAAAUUGGGCGUCCCGGCUUACAUUGGCACGGCAAUGCCAUUACCGCAGCCAACGACAGCCGCCCUUCACUGUCAACCGAUACGCGCUCAAUUUGACGAAUCAAUUGAAUCGAAACAGUUGACCUACUCGACUUUCAUGCGGCAACCAUCUGUCCCAGGAGCAGAUCCGUACUACUGUCAGCAGCACCAUCCUCAGCAACAGAUCUCUUAUCCCCAUGUCCAUUUUGAUGGCGCACAAGCAAUCUAUCGCCGCAGUUCGUACGAUGAUAGCGACAUUACCCCAACUAAUGAGAUAUCGUCGCUAAUGAGCGGUGAACACCAUAAUGCGACAGUGAAUGCCCCUAUAAACCAUCAGCAAUACUACCAAGGCGGAGGUACUCUCCCGCGGCAACAUCAACGCAACAGCUAUGGCGUCCGGUUAACGCUUUGCCAGAACCCUGCCAAUACCACCCAACGACAACGGCCGAUAGCAAAAAUUGUAGCAAAUAAUCUUAAACUGGCACCCACGUCGGACGGUGGACCAGCUCCACCCUAUCCUAAUCCAAUCUCAAUCGGUCACAUCGAAAACGUCCAAAUGGCAACCGCCGCCCUAGACGCCAUGCAUUUCUCCAAUUACACUUCCUUCAAUCAUCAUCCGCUGAAAUACAAUCCCACGCCGCCUAGCCAACAACCGCAGCCAAUCUACCACAAUCAGAUCAUCCUGCAACAGCAGCAGCAGGAGCAGCAGCAACAACAACAGCAGCAGCAGUUCUAUUCCAACUAUGCCGGCCAGACGCACCAAACGACCGUCGAAAUCCACAAAACCCAGCAUGACAACAAGAGCAACUCCAGUUUGGAGUCGAUCGAUCAGAUCCCGUUCGCCAACGAGAACGCCGGCACGAUCAAGCAGCGUUCGAUGAAUCGCUGCAGCGAUCACCACACCAUGCAGCACAUGCUGUCGCAUUCGUCUUCAUCGACGUCGUCCUCGUCAUCGACGGGUUCCAUCACGACCACCCUGGCCGGGUGCAUUCAGCAGCUGUCGCCGCCCCAGGCCGAUCCCCAAACGCCAUCGUCGGCGUCCAAUUGCUCAAAAACGGCUGGCAACAGCAACAGUGGCAGCGUGAAGGGAUCGGCCACCACGUCGCCCACGUCGGCGACCUCCACCGUGGUCGGAGUGGUCGGCACGAACGUGCUGAACGACAUCGGAAACAUGUUGGCCAACCUGACGGACGAGCUGGACGCCAUGCUGGAGGAGGAAAACCGCGCCGGGAUAAGCGAUAUAGAGUAAAAAUCACAAUGGAUCAAUUGCAGAGCCGCUGAAACUGGAAACUGAAUCAUUGUGUGCGGCUGCCCGAGUCACCAGAUAAGGCAGCUAAUUCAACCCGGAAAAGAAAGAAACUCAAACAACAAUGGAGUCAGCUGCACAACCGAAGUGAGUGAUGUUGAUCACGGUGACGACCGUGGAUGACGACAGUUGAACAAAUGUCGUCCGUCGUUUAGUAGUUUAUGCUGGUUGGUUGGUGUGUUCAACAGAAGAAACAAACCUUACAGAAACAAAAAAAAACAAUGAGCCGGCGGCAUUUAGCAGCGAAGAAAGAAGGCGGAGAAUAGGUUCAUUUAGCGAAAUUGACCGAAGUUAUGGAAGUUUCUUACUUUUGUUUUAAUUUCGUCGCACCCCAAGAGCUCCUUCGAGGCAUCAGGCCAGACAGCCAAGCGUCAUUUGAAGGGAACGACAAAUCUACUUAAAAGCUGUUUCGAGCCACGUUUGGCUCGGGCCUGUAUAAUUGAGUUAUUGGUAAAACGAUUUUGUCUCACUGCGUGAGCCUAUCUCUGUGUGUAUAUAUUCCGCCUAUCAAGAGACGAGUCCGCGGGUCGGUGUGGUGGUGUGAGACGACGAGAAGGUGUCGGAGGAAAAAUUCAAUCGACGGUUCGAGGAACUAUAACCAAAUUUGCAUGACUUUAUAGAUUGAAACGGAUGAGGCGGAAGAUUGCCGAACGUCUCUAUCGGAUAUGAGCCAAGCACGGAUAAUCGAUUUGCGUAACGUCGAAGGCCACCUGGUGGCGUCGAUUGGUACCACACUGGCGGCAGUUUUGUUUACAUUCGGUUUGGGUAAAAUGAAAAGAACAUCGAGCCAUGAUGUGAUUGCGUUCGGCAAUCAGGUACUCCCAUUUUACCGGUGUAGACAUAAAAAAGAAGCGAAUGGAGCGUCAUUGCCGCACCUGCUUUGUUCCUGAUGUUAAAUGAUGGCACCUACAUUCGAAGUAAUUUUCAAUAAGGGCGAAAACAGCAAAAUGGUAGCAUACAAGUUAUGGCGAAAUUCAUCAUCAGUUAUAUAAUUUAGCAUAUAAACAGAAAAUGCUGUUUUGUCUCGAUCAUAGGUAAACAAGCCAUAAUAGCAAAAUACUCUCGAUUUGCUAGAUUUUUUCCUAUUCUUGUUCCGAAUUUAUGACCGCUGUAAAUAAUAUAAACAAACGGAUGAACGCACGACUACGAAGUGAAGCGAACAACGUACAUCGUUCGCGAAUAUUGCAUGACAUCCUUUUUUGUUGUCGAUGGUCGCGUGACCUCAUCGCGCUCACCUGAUACUUACUGACAGGUCUCUUGAUUGCACGAACAGAGAUGUCAUCGCACCACCACCGCCGGUGCGGCGAAUGACAAUGGGAUCGUUCCAGCGACGACGCUUGCCUGUCGUGGUGGAUUUGUGAAGGAAGAGCUUAUGGGUGUCGUUUCGCGAUUAUAUUUUUCUGUUUUCAUGAAGAUGAUGGACGAAACACAAAUGAACGAGAUAAGUGUGAUUUAUUUAUUUACUUAAUAACAAGAGAUAAUUUUUAUAUUGCAUUUUUUAUACAGCAGCUACAAGAGUAAAAAAAAGUCGUCCUAUAAUUUUAAGAAGGUCAUGCCUAUAUAUUUUAUUUUUUCGACGAGAAUCAAAGACGUUCGAAUGAACCACAGAGGUUAUAGCUAAUACAUUGGAGGAGUUUUAAUAGUCCAGCGAUAAUGGAGUAUAGAUACAAAGAACAACCUGAAACAAGUCAGUAAUUAUUAGACCGUUGACAUUCCUACUGAAAUCGAACAACAGCAAGUCAAAAAGUCGAUAACCUUUCCAUUUUAAACGAAAAACAGUAAUAGAAACGCAAAAUCUAUUUGUCCUUAAAGCAAAGCAACAGACGACUAGGGCGAAGACGCCAAGUGAGAGAAAAUCAACUCAUCCCAUAAACACCAGUUUAGUACCAGAUUUAUGAACCGAAGCAUUUCCAUAAACUAACCUAAUAUUGAUAGAGCACAACAAACUGAUCGAAGAAAUCUCAAACAGCAUAAAAGCAAAGCCCAUUUAUAUUUUGUACAGGGAACAGAAAAGCAAAACCAACAAGAACAGAAGUUAUUAAGUUUUCCUACUGAAAACAGUGCCCGCCGGGUGCGUGCGCGUUUAUCGCCUCGAUUUUUAUUUACAAACAAAUUCAUCAUUUUCCUUUCUUCAGCGGAAGAGUAGAACACAACGAUCGUGUGCUCAUCCGCGCACACGUGCGCGAUGCUAUCCCAGAAUAGAUUUUACGGGCGAUCGCCAUCGAUCGCUGCCGUGCGCGUAGCAGCCAAACAUAAAUCCAAGACGGCUACGGGUUUUUAAUUGUUUCGUGAUGCACGGCUUGCUUAAAAUCGAUCAAUUCGAAUGGAGCAGAAGAGAAGGUACGGAAGGAAAGGCGAGAAAAAAAAAAGAAUCGGGCUAAAGUGCAACCACAUGUGCGGCUUUCGGAACACCAAGGGUGUGCGGUGCGUGUCGAAACCCAGAUGUGGGAUACGCCAGAAAUAGAUCCGCUAGCGGGUCAUCAUCUUCCGAGUGAUGCCCGAGUAAAAUAUUUUAAAUUUCCGAUGCAAGCAGAAUUUAUUCAGAAACAUGUAAAAUUGCGCACUAGAAUGUAAGUGAGAUAAAUAAAAAAAAAAACAGUGAUCAAACUGAGAUCUUCAAAAAUCUUCACAACGAAAAUUCAAUAAGACAAGGAUCUUGGAUUAACUUGAGGGCUAUUUGAUUUAAUCAAUUUUAGCACUACUGAUCCUACACGUUUUGUCGGACCCCUCAUGAUAGAUUCGUUUGUCUCGUCAUCAUAACCCUUCGAGCGACUUUCUCGAUCGCCUUCCGUACAAAACUCCCUACAAACAAUUUAUUACGGCGGCAUUAUGGUGACUCUCCUCGGUCCACCUCCUCACAACGGACGACGGCUGGUGGCUCGCACGUGUGUCGAGUGUUUUUGUUGAUUUUGAAAACAGAAAGCACAGAUUAGAACGAGCCGUUGAAAUUUGUUCGGAGGCGUUGAGCGCCAAUAAACAUCACACUCGCCAUCGCCGCCGCCCUCCCCUGAUGGCUUCCGUGUGUAAUAGAUCGCAUCGGGUCCCAAUGAUUGUGUUUACGGAUUGGGGCAGCUCGAAUGGGGUUAAUCCAAGCAGAUUGAGCAAUCAUACGAGUCCGUGUCGUGCGUGAUCGCGGCUCGGCGAGAUGCGUUUUCGGGAGUUAGGCAAUUUUCACGGCGAAUCGCUAAAACAAGGUGUGACUGUCGGGGUGUCAUAUGGUGGGUUGUUUGUUGGUAAAUGGGGGAAAUGGUUGUUUUUUUUUCUGAAUGGGAAACGGAGGAUGUCAGGAACAGAUCUGAAAUUUGUAAUUUUUAAUCCGGCAACAAGAUUGCGCAAUGUCUUGUUUUCAAGUCGGUGGUUUAUUGGAGCACUUAAUGAAGUGAGAAAAUGGUUCAUCACCAUUCCACUCUGAAUUUCUUUUUACUAAAUGAAAAAUCAUAAACUAAUGUGUUAAUGUCAAGUUUGUGCACAUAAAUAAUGACAACGAAUUAGACUCAUAAAUAAUAUUAGUAAGAUUAACUUCCCGGAAUUAGUUUUCCAAAUCUUUAUUGUUGGGUUUUGAUACUACGUCAGCUUCUUCACAGGAUUAGACACUCUAAUCGAAAUCUUCCUUCUAUUGUACGAAAUCCUGAACAACUGGAGCUUCAGUCGUUUCAGAUCAAAAGUAACUGUCCACAGCUCAACUGGAGUUACUGAUCUUUCUACUGCCCUCGUUCGGUUUCGUUUUAUGAAAUAGAAUGCCUCCAGUAUCACUUCAUUCCUUUCGAUUUAACCUUUCUGCUAAGGAAUAACCAAUUUGCUAAGGAAUGUGUGCCACCAAUCACCAUUGCUGCAACUAUUUGUGAUUUUUUUUCUCAAUAAGUACACCUCAACCAGAGGUGAAUAAUCGUCUGAGAACAUUUAAAGACAUUCGAUCCGUCCACUGAAGUCGGCUGGAGCCAAGUUCAAGGAAAGUGGUCUCGUAUGUCAAUUGUGUGUGACCCUUCCUGAGUCCGAUUCGUUGAUAACCGCUUUGGCGAAUGUCGACGAAGGUAACCCUGGAUGUGGAACGAGAUCGUCUUCUGGAAGAUUAACUUUUUAGCGGUAACCUUGAUCUCCAGCGUAAACGAAUUAUUUUUCUCCUGGUAAACGCCACUGAU